GAGGUGCCGAGCGCGGGGUGGGCACGGCCGGGAGCAGCGGGACUCGGCGCGGGGGCAGCGAUGCGGCUCCGCCGCCGCCCGGGCUCGCCGCCUUCGCCUCCCGCCGGGCGCCGGUGACCGUCACAGCGUCCCCGCCCCGGCGGAAUGAGCCCCGCCGCGCCGCCCCGCCAGCGCCGCGAUCCGGGGAAUUACUGAAGUUUGGAUUGCUCUCUUGAUACUAUAAACCUGCAAUAAGUGGCAAUGUCAAGGGUUCCCACCCCACCUCCUCCUGGGGAGAUGUCCAGUGGACCUGUGGCUGAAAGCUGGUGUUACACCCAGGUUAAAGUAGUAAAAUUUUCAUACAUGUGGACCAUUAAUAACUUCAGUUUUUGCCGCGAAGAAAUGGGUGAAGUUUUAAAGAGUUCUACAUUUUCAUCAGGGCCAAAUGACAAAAUGAAGUGGUGCCUGAGAGUGAAUCCAAAGGGAUUAGAUGAUGAAAGCAAAGACUACUUGUCAUUGUAUUUGCUUUUAGUCAGUUGUCCAAAAAGUGAAGUCAGAGCAAAAUUCAAAUUUUCCUUGCUGAAUGCUAAAAGAGAAGAAACAAAAGCAAUGGAAAGCCAAAGAGCAUAUCGAUUUGUGCAAGGCAAGGACUGGGGCUUUAAGAAAUUUAUCCGAAGAGAUUUUUUACUAGAUGAAGCUAAUGGUCUUCUACCAGAUGACAAGCUUACAUUAUUUUGUGAGGUAAGCGUGGUCCAAGACUCAGUAAAUAUAUCAGGACAGUCUAAUACAAACACUUUGAAGGUACCUGAAUGUCGACUAGCAGAAGAUUUAGGGAAUCUCUGGGAAACAACAAGAUUUACAGAUUGCAGUUUUUAUGUAGGAGGACAAGAAUUCAAAGCUCAUAAAUCUGUCCUUGCAGCACGAUCUCCAGUUUUUAAUGCAAUGUUUGAACAUGAAAUGGAAGAAAGCAAAAAGAAUCGUGUAGAAAUAAAUGAUGUAGACCCUGAAGUUUUUAAAGAAAUGAUGAGAUUCAUUUACACAGGAAAAGCACCAAACCUUGAAAAAAUGGCUGACAAUUUGUUGGCAGCUGCAGACAAAUAUGCACUGGAACGGCUGAAGGUGAUGUGUGAGGAAGCACUCUGUAGUAACCUCUCGGUAGAAAAUGUUGCUGACAUUCUUAUCCUCGCAGAUUUGCACAGCGCUGAACAGCUAAAAGCACAAGCAAUAGACUUUAUUAACAGGUGCAGUGUUCUUAGACAACUUGGGUGUAAAGAUGGGAAAAACUGGAAUAGCAACCAAGCAACAGACAUAAUGGAAACUGCAGGCUGGAAGUCCAUGAUCCACUCCCACCCUCACUUAGUAGCCGAGGCCUUUCGCGCUCUGGCGUCUGCACAGUGUCCACAGUUUGGCAUUCCACGCAAACGGCUAAAACAGUCCUGAAAUCUUCCAUGAACUCUAGAGAAAUUGGACUGACUCCACUCCUCCUUGUCCAGAGGUGUUUUCACAAACCAUAACAAGAGUUUUUGUUAUCCUUGUCCACAGAACAGAAGCUGAAAAAGCCUAUUGUUUGCUUUUCAGAUGGAUAAUUUAUGGUUUAAUCCUCAGCUUUAAAUUAGACUGAUUACUCUAAUUCACUGAAAGGCCUUAAAUUAUCUUCAAUGACUCUCUAGUCCAUAUAGUCUAAUGUAUCUUGAUUUUUUAUUAUUAUUUUUUAACGUGCCUUGUCUUUUUGACUAGGCUCUGCAGGAUUGCACUAGCUCCAUAAUGCAGUAAAGUUGAUAACUGAAGAUUAAUUUUUGAAAGGGAUCUUCCAUUAUUUUCAGAAGAAAAAAGAAAAAGAUUAUAGUUUGGUCCUGUGCUAACUGGAAGGUUCUGGCUGGCCUCUCAUUAAAAGCACUUGAAUCAGAGGCACAUCAUGUACCCUAGGCAAGUGCUAAAUAUAGGGAGAGCCUGUUUACCUUCAACAAAUGCCCACAGGCUAUUUAUGGCAAUAUACUGCUUUGAACAUAAUUUAUUUUUCAUUGUGGGGGCAAAUAUGCAAUGGUUUGGCCCAAAAAUGUAUUUUCAUUACAGUUUGUAAUGCUUAUUGUGUGUGUGUCAAAGCUGUCCAAGCGGUGAAGAGAAACACAGAAUAAACCUUUGGCUUGUGUUUCUUUACGGUCCAUCAUUAGUUUACAUUUAAUGCAGAACUGAACAAGAGGUAAAAGAGCUCAAUGUGAAAAGGAAUGGUGUUGUAUAUGGAAUAAAUAUAUCCCAGUGUAUGGUUGCAUAGAAAAGUCAAGGAUGCAUAGAAUGACCAAAUGUAAAUUGAGGAAAUGGGCCAAAUGGAUUUUGAAUAUGCACUUUUAAUGUGUAACUUUUGUAUGUUGUGUGGUACAUAUAUAUUUUGCUUUUGAUGAAUUAAUGAGGUACAGGUAAUUGUGGCUUAACUUUUUAGAUACAUUUUAAGAUGCCCACAGCCACAUGGGAUUUAGUUUUGUUAGAAGAGAAAGGCAUGUCUUUUUAAGACUCAAUUGAAGGUGGCUAUUGCGAGCUUUCAUAUUUAAGUAACAAAAUAUUUUCGCUUAUUUGAAAAAGGCAUGUGAAUGGUAAAAACUUUGAGGGGAUUUUUCCCAUCUUGACGUACAUGCAUGGCUCCCACAAACACCUGGGGAGGCUGUGCACACAUCCGGAGUAUUUCCCUGAAAU